AAAUCGCGGGAAGGGGGAAGAUACAACAAUAACGUAACUUCUCUGUUCUUUGGAUGCCCAAUUCAGCAGGAGACCAGCCUCUUCUGUACCCAGCUGUGUGUCCAUGAAGAGUGCUGGGUGUUCAUGAAGAAGGACCAGUCUAUGGAUCGUCAUAUUAGAUUCAGAGAAGGAUACUUUUCUACUGAACAAAGCCCAAUUCAGCAGGAGAGACCAGCCUCCCCUGUACCCAGCUGUGUGUCCAUGAAGAGUGACAAGUCUAUGGAUCGUCUUGUUAAUUUCAGGGAGGGAGUCUUUUCAACUGAUCAAAGUGGAUGGUCAACUCUGACAGAGGAUCAGUCCAGGUGUUCAGUGUGUGAGCUGGUUCUGAGGGAUCCAGUCUCUAUUAACUGUGGACACAGGUUCUGCAGACAGUGUAUCACCAGAUACUGGGAGCAGCCUGCUUCGUCAGGAGAAUAUGUCUGUCCUCAGUGUAGAAAGAGAUCCAGAACAAGACCUGUACUACAGCAACUGAGUGAACCCAGUGAGGAUGAUAGAGGCUCUGAGAACAUGGAUGACAGCCUGCAUAGAAUUCUAGAGAAUUAUAAAGCCAGACUAAAAACGAGGUAUGAAUGUGUGACAGAAGGCAAUGUGAAGACAGGCAAUCGGACUCCCCUCAACAGUAUUUACACAGAGCUCUACAUCACAGAGGGAGAAAGUGAAGGGGUUAUUUGCCAACAUUAA